UAUUAUUAAGUUGGACAAGUUAAGCUUGAAUCAUUGGAUUUAUGAAAUUUUUGUAUUCCCUUGGCUUGGGACAAUUCCACUGGACCGUCUAGAGGCCUGCCUUUUCCUUUCUCUCCUAACACAGCCAACAGUGAAGCUAGCCCCAUGGACGCCAUUGCUCUUUAUCCAUCGCCUGCAAUUGGUCACCUAAUUUCCAUGGUUGAGUUAGCUAAGCUCAUCCUCAAUCAAAAGCCUUCACUUUACAUCCACAUCAUCAUUUUUGAGCCACCCUACAACGCCGGCUCCACCGCCCCUUAUAUCAACAAAGUUUCAGCUACUAUUCCUUCCAUUAUCUUCCACCACCUCCCCAGUGUUACCCUCCCUCCAUCAGUCACCUCCACCUGUCGCCACCAUGAAAGCCUCACCUUUGAAGUUCUUCGACUCAAUAACCCUAAUCUUCAGCAAACCCUUCUUUCUAUUUCGAAUGAUUACACCAUCUACGCUUUUAUCGCUGACUUUUUCUGCUACGCUUCACUGUCUGUCACUGCCCAACUCAAUAUUCCUAGUUAUUUUUUCUUCACUUCUGGCGCUGGUUUUCUCUCUUCUAUCCUUUAUCUUCCUACGAUUCACAGAAACACCAACAAAAGCUUUAAAGAUAUGGAUACCCUUAUUCAUAUCCCCGGCGUUCCCCCGAUGCCAGCCAAAGACAUGGCAAAACCAUUGCUUGAACGUGGUGAUAAAGCCUAUCAGUUCCUCUUAGAUGGGUCAAUUCACUUUCCAAAAUCAGCUGGAAUUAUACUCAACACUUUUGAUUCUCUCGAGCCAAGAGCUGCCAAAGCAAUGAGAGAUGGGCUUUCUGUGACCGACGGUCCCACUCCACCCCUCUACUGCAUCGGGCCGUUAAUCGUAUCAGAUGAUCGGAGCAGUGGCGGUGCUGUUGAUCAGAAGCCAGAGUGUUUAUCUUGGCUAGACACACAGCCGAGCAAAAGUGUUAUCUUUCUGUGCUUUGGUAGCUUGGGAUUGUUCUCUGUGGCGCAAUUGACGGAAAUUGCUUUGGGGUUGGAGAGAAGUGGCCAAAGGUUCUUAUGGGUUGUGAAGAAUCCACCUUGUAACGAUAAAAACAUGGCCAUUCCAGAAGAAUCGGAUCCGGAUUUAGAUACAAUACUUCCAGCCGGGUUCUUGGAUCGAACCAAAGAAAGAGGAUUCGUUCUCAAGUCCUGGGCUCCACAGGUGGCGAUUUUGAAUCACGACGCGGUCAGUGGGUUCGUGACUCACUGCGGGUGGAACUCGGUGCUUGAAGCAGUACAUGCUGGUGUUCCAAUGCUGGCCUGGCCUCUCUAUGCUGAGCAAAGAUUCAACAGGAUUUUGCUGGUGGAAGAAAUCAAAAUCGCUCUACCGAUGAUGGAGUCGACUGAAAACGGGUUUGUGAGUUCAAGUGAAGUGGAGAAGCGAGUUAGAGAGUUGAUGGAGUCAGCGGAAGGUAACUGGAUUAGGAAACAAAUAAUAGCGAUGAAAAACGAUGCAAAAGAAGCAUUGAGUGAGGGUGGGUCGUCCCGUGCUGCGCUAUCCAAAUUGGUUGAGUCAUGGAAAUUAAAAUGAGUUGAGUUGAGUUGAGUCGAGUCUCACCAGGUUCACAACUCGUAUUGCCAUGCCGGGUUUCUAUUUUUAUUAAAUAUUAUGUAUAAUUUUUUUUAUAUUUUUCUCUUUUUAUUUAUAUAUUUGUUCAAUUGCCUCUUUUGAGUUGAAAGUAAAAAAUUUAAUAAAAAAUAUUAUUAAAAGA